AUGAAGAUGUUAACUAAAUUUGAAUCCAAGUCUUCUAGGGCUAAAGGUGUUGCCUUUCAUCCAAAGAGACCUUGGGCUUUAGUCUCGUUACAUUCAUCAACAAUACAAUUAUGGGAUUAUCGAAUGGGGACAUUAAUUGAUCGAUUUGAAGAUCAUGUUGGACCAGUAAGAAGUGUUGAUUUCCAUCCAACUCAACCAUUAUUUGUUUCUGGAGGUGAUGAUUAUACCAUUAAAGUUUGGUCAUUAAACACUAGAAAAUGUAUUUUCACCUUGAAUGGACAUUUGGAUUAUAUUAGAGGGGUAUCAUUUCAUCAUGAUUUACCAUGGAUUAUUAGUUGUUCUGAUGAUCAAACCAUUAGGAUUUGGAAUUGGCAAAAUCGACAAGAAAUUGCUUGUUUAACUGGUCAUAAUCAUUAUGUUAUGAGUGCUCAAUUCCAUCCUAGUGAAGAUUUAAUUGUUAGUGCUUCAUUAGAUCAAACAGUUCGGGUUUGGGAUAUUUCUGGAUUAAGGAAAAAACAUAGUGCUCCAACUUCUUCAGUUCGUGCAUUUGAAGAUCAAUUACAAAGACAACAAUUACCUCAACAAGAUAUUUUUGGUAAUAUUAAUGCUGUUGUUAAAUAUGUAUUGGAAGGUCAUGAUAAAGGAGUUAAUUAUGCUUCUUUCCAUCCUACUUUACCUCUUAUUGUUUCUGCUGGAGAUGAUCGAGUAGUUAAAUUAUGGAGAAUGAGUGAUACUAAAGCUUGGGAAGUUGAUACUUGUAGAGGUCAUACUGGUAAUGUUUUAAGUGCUAUUUUCCAUCCUCAUCAAGAUUUAAUUUUAUCAGUUUCUGAUGAUAAAACUAUUCGGGUUUGGGAUUUGAAUAAAAGAGUCCCCGUGAAACAAUUUAGAAGAGAACAUGAUCGUUUUUGGUUGAUUGCUUCCCAUCCAACUAUUAGUUUAUUUGCUGCUUGUCACGAUUCAGGUAUUAUGGUGUUUAAAUUAGAAAGAGAAAGACCAGCUCAUACUAUUUUCCAAAAUAAAUUAUAUUAUGUUAAUGGUGAAAAACAAAUUCAAACUUUUGAUAUCAAUAAACAAGAAAAUUCUUUACCAAUGUUAUCAUUGAAAAAAAUUGGUAAGACUUGGUCAUUUAUGAGAACUUUAUCUUAUAAUCAAAGUGAUAAUUCAGUAUUAGUUGUCCAUGGUGAAGGUGAUAAUGGGAAUUAUGCUUUGAUUACUUUACCUAAACAUGUAACUGGUGCUAUUGAACCAACUGAUAUUCGUCAAGGUGAAGCCAAUUUUGCCGCAUUUAUUUCUCGUAAUCGUUUUGUUACUUUUGUUAAAUCUACUAAAACUUUACAAGUUAAAGAUUUGAAUAAUAAUAUUACGAAAACGGUUCAAUUAGAUCUGUCAAUUGUUGAUGUAUUACCGGGGUCUCCUGGUCGUAUUUUAUUGGUUAAAGCUCAUUCAGUGAUUAAUUAUGAUGUUCAACAACGUAAAGAAUUGGCAGAAAUUAGUGUUAAUAAUGUCAAAUAUGUUUCUUGGUCGAGUAAUGGACAAUAUUUGGCUUUACUUUCUAAACAUACCAUCACUAUUGCUGAUAAGGAUUUAGAAUUAAUCACCUCAAUGCAUGAAACUAUUAGAAUCAAAAGUGCUGCUUGGGAUGAUACUGGGGUUUUAUUAUAUUCCACUUUAAAUCAUAUCAAGUACACUUUAUUGAAUGGUGAUAAUGGUAUUAUCAAAACUUUAGAAAAUACAUUGUAUAUUACUAAAGUUCAAGGCAAUUUAAUUUAUUGUUUGAAUCGUCAAGGACAAGUUGAAACAAUUACUAUUGACCCCACUGAAUAUAGAUUCAAACGUGCAUUAGUUAAUAAGAAUUUUGGUGAAGUGUUAAGACUUAUUAAAAAUUCUACUUUAGUUGGUCAAAAUAUCAUUGGUUAUUUACAGAAAAAGGGAUUCCCUGAAGUUGCAUUACAUUUUGUUCAAGAUCCAGAAACAAGAUUUGAAUUGGCUUUAGAAUGUAGCAAUUUACAAGUGGCUUUAGAACAAGCUAAAAUUUUGAAUAAUAAUCAAAUUUGGGAAAAAUUAGGUGAAGAAGCUUUAUUACAAGGUAAUAUUGAAAUUGUUGAAUAUAUUUAUCAACAAUUACAUCAUUUUGAUAAAUUAUCAUUUUUAUAUUUAUAUAAAGGUGAUGAUGAAAGAUUAGAUAAAAUGUCAACCAUUGCUCAACAUCGUGAUGAUACUUCUUCAUUAGUACAAAACACUUUAUAUAAUAAUGAUAUCAAAAAAAGAUGUCAAGUUUAUAUUCAAAAUGGAAUGUUACCUUUAGCUUAUACUUUAGCUAAAUCUAAUGGAUUAAAUGAAUUGGCAGAACAAAUUUUACAAGAAGCUAAUAUUAGUGAAAAAGAUGUUGAAUUACCCGAAUUGGGUGAUGUUGUCCCCUUACCUAAACCAAUUGGUGAACCUGUUGGUAAUUGGCCAUUGAAAGAUUCAGAAUUAUCUUAUUUUGAAACGGCUUUAAUCACUGGAAAAAUUGAAAACUUGUCAAUCAAUGAAGAUAAUCUUACUACUGGUGCUGAAGGUUUUGAGUCUGGUGCUACCAAUAUUGAUGAGAACCUUGGAUUUGACAAUAAUAAUAAUGAUGAUGAUGAUGAUGAUGGAGAAGGUGGUGCUUUUGGUGGUGAAGAUGAUGCUGAAGCAUGGGAUUUGGACGACGAAUUAGAUAUUGGUGAUGAUGAUAUUGUUGAUGAAAAUGUUCCUGAAUUUGUCACCACUGAGAAUGAAAUCGGUGAUUGGUUACGUAAUGCCAAGACACCAGCUACAUAUGUAGCAGCGGGAGGAUUUGAACAAGCAGCGUCAUUAUUAAAUAAACAAAUUGGAGUGGUUAAUUUUGAACCAUUAAGAACUCGAUUCAAUCAAGUUUAUGGUGCUUCCAAAUUAUAUUUACCAGGUAUGGAUGAAUUACCAGCAAUGAAAACUUAUAUUAGACAUGAUAAUGAUGAAGAUAAUCCACGAAAAUUUAAACCAGUUGUUCCUGGAUAUGAUAAAUUGGAAGAAUUAUUAUCUUUAGGUUUCAAAAAAUUCAAAGCCAAUAAUUUAGAAGAAGCAAUUACCACAUUUAGAAAAGUCAUUUAUACCAUCACUGUCUUAAAUGUUGAUGAUGAAGAUGACGAAACCAAAUGUCAUGAAAUCUUGAGAUUAUGUCGUGAAUAUAUUCUUGGAUUAUCAAUUGAAUUGGAACGUCGUAAAUUACCAAGUCUGGAUGUGAAACGGAAUUUAGAAUUGGCCGCUUAUUUCACUAGAGCUCAAUUACAACCUUCUCAUAAAUUAAAUGCUUUACAAGUUGCCAUGACUCAAUCAUUUAAAAAUAAAAAUUAUGCUUCUGCUUCUUAUUUUGCUGAAGAAUUAUUGAAAAUUUCUAAUAAUAGUGGACCUAGAGCUGAACAAGCUAUGAAAUUGAAAAAUAAAGCUGAUACAAUUGCUAAUGAUACCAUUGAAAUUAAUUUUGAUCCUUUUGCUGAAUUUGAUAUUUGUUGUGGUAGUUUUACACCAAUUUAUAAAGGUGAACCAUUUAUUAAAGAAGCAUUAGUUGGAGCUACUUAUAAACCAGAAUUUAAAGGUAAAUUAUGUAAUAUUACUGAUAUUACUGCUGUUGGAGUACCUGCUUCAGGUUUACGUAUCAAAGGUUAA